AUGAGGAAGACCAGAGAGGCAAGGUACCAUGCAUACACGCCUCUGACAGCUCCCAUAGAUCAUAUUUUCGAGGUUGGAGAUAAGGCGAGACUCUUCCGGAAGCCCUUUCGAAGUGGACCACCUGGAAAGAAAGACCAGGGGAAAUAUUGCGCUUUCCACGACUUGAAUGGGCAUGACACGGCAGAAUGUGUGCAUCUCAAAGACCACAUAGAGGACCUAAUCAGAACUUGGUACCUGACCGAAUUUGUAGCCCAAGAGGCUAAAAAGUAUAAGGAAAAGAAAGCUGAAAGGACAAAUAACCAGGAAGCCAAUCGUAACACCCGGGCUGGCAGUGUCCGAAUGAUCAUCGGAAGACUCUUCAUGGGAGGCCAGGGACGCAGUGCUAUGAAGAGAUAUGUACGGGAAGCCCGAGGGCCACCCUUGACCAAUGUGUGCCAUCUGUCUGAAAGGCCUCCCAAAAUGUUUAAAGGAGAGACCAUGGACAUUACCUUUACUGAAGGGGAUGCACGCGCGGUACACCAUACUUAUAGCGAUGCCCUGGUGGUAACAGCCGUGAUUGGAAAUGUCAAUAUGCACAGGCUUCUUGUCCACAACGGAAGCUCUGUCAACAUCCUGGCCUACAGUGCAUAUCAAAGAAUUAAAAUGGCCGACAAAGACAUGAUGGCCUGCUACAAUGAAUUGUCUAGUUUCAUAGGAAAUGCUUUCCAUAUUGUUGGAAGGGUAAGACUCCCAAUCACCCUUGGAGUGGAACCACUGGCUACCACUCAAAUUGCAGAGUUCAUGAUAGUGAACGAAGACAUCUCUUAUAACGGGAUCCUGGGCAGACCUAUCUUAAGGGACAUGCGGAUCGUAACCUCAAUCUACCACUUGUCAAUGAAGUUCUCAACCCCUAAUGGAGUAGGAUGUGUGCGAGGAUGUCAGGCUGACUCCCGAGAAUGCUAUAGCAGGAUUUGA